AUGCUUCAGCCCUGCCAGCUCCAACAUUCCUCCACCUUCACUUGUCCUACCACUGGAACUGCCAAAUAUGAUCUUAAACAACCAAACAAUAGCACACCUGUUAUCCUUGAGAGUGGCGCUUUGGCAGAUGAUCCCAUAUCCGAGCCAGAGGGUCCUGAGCCAUCGGUUCUGUCCGAACAUCCCCUGCCUGAAGAUCCUGAAGGUCCUGAAAACCCUCUCCCAGAAGAACUCCUCCUCCAGGAAGGUCUUCCUAUGCCCCUUUCUGCAGAUCCCCUCCUUGCACCUCUUCCAGAGCCGAUUGAAAAAGGCCUUGUCAGUCAUCGCACUGUGUGCUACUUGACAAGGAGGGGUGAGGAGGAAUACAUAAUAAAAGAUCAUUGGGUUUUAGGGGGUAAGGAGGACAUGUUAAAUGAGGUCAUCAUGUUGAACGAGAUGAAGGGGGUUUGUGGCAUACCCAAACUUGUUGAGCACUGGCUUGUCAAGAUUGCACCUAGGGAGGUUGAUGAAACAGAGAAAUAUCGCUAUAAAACACUGGAGAGUAUAGAAGGUACCUUCUGCACUCAUAUCCAGCUGGUUUUAAAGCCCCAUGCACAACCAUUGCAUAUGUUCUGCACAAAGGCAGAGUUAGUGAGUGCAAUCCGGGAUAUCAUCACCAUUCAAAAGAUAGCAGUCAAAGAGCGAGGUAUUCUGCAUCAAGAUUGCAGCCUUAACAACUCUAUGAUUGAGGACAACGGUAAUGGCUCCCAUGGCACAAUGAUAGACUGGGAAUUUGCUGUGCAUAUUCUGCAGAGCAAUUACUACCUUAUUGGUGGUAUGGGCACAGUACCAUUCAUGUCGUGGAAGCUUCUUCACCAGCUCUCGUGA